AUGUUACAUCCUUUGGAGUCCUUACAAGCUUUGGAUCGUGACUUGGGUACCAGCAAUCUCUUUAUUGCACUGAUUGUUAGCAAGUUCAACUCAAAUACAAAUAAAGACUGGCAAAGGCGAUUGGGAAGUGAUGCUAGCCCACCUUUAAUUAAUAAUUUAAAAAAAUUUCUAACCACUCAAGUCAUAACUUUAGAAGCUUGUGAGAAUUUAAACACAAGCUCAAAAGCCCAAUCUUACAAGCCCCAAAGCAAACCCAUUUAUGCCGUCUCCCAUCAGUUCAGCAUCUCAGAGUCUACAGUCGAGUCUAAAGCAAAACUUAAAGGGGUCUUUCUUUGUUUAGUUUGCUGUGGAGAUCAUUCCCUUGGGAAAUGUGAGCAGUUCAAGGCCUUUUCUACGGGAUCUAAGCUAGCCCUAAUUGUUAAUGAGAGAUUAUGUUUCAAUUGCCAUGGAAAACAUUUUUAA